CAUUCAACUCACUUCAUCUUCUUAUCGGCACCCCCCAUCACCAUCUACUCUACGCACACACACUUUCUCUCUCAUCCUAUCGAAAACGAUUAACGAAACUUCCACGAUGCCAUCUCUCACCUCUCUCUCCAACAUAUGUCAUUAUUCAUGACUUCAUUCUUUCUCCUUUCCCCAUUUCCGAAACUUCCCCUCUUUUCCAUUCUUUGACUUUUCUCUCUUGACCCGUGAUUCCCUCUCUCUCUGGGUUCCCGAGAUUCUCUCAAAGUUUCAACCUUUUCGUGAUUUACAUGGAUCUGCUUUGGAAAAUUCAGACUUUUGUUUAAUGGGUCGGUGCUGAUAAUUGAAAUUUCAAAAGUGAGUUUUUUUUCUUCUUUUCAUUGUGAUUUUGUUUUCUUCAAUCUGGGUUUGGUUUGAUUAUGCUGUUUUGGUGGCUCUGGAAAUUCAAACAAAAAACUUCUUCAUACAUAUUUUUUUCUUAUAGAAUUUGCUGACAUACCCAAUAAUUAAGCUUAGCUUAUAUAGAGAACAGAUUAAGGACUCUUUAAGCUUUGGUUUAGAUAGUUGAUUAUUUUCAACUUUUCUUAUAAGCUGUGUACUAUUGGAAUAUUGGAAUUUUGUGAGGUGUUGCAUAUGUCAUGUGUUUUGUGACAUGAACACUUGUAGAGGAUUUUGGGAUUCUAUAUAAGAGGGAAAGUUUGAAUUUUGUGAUGUAUAACAAGAUUAUGUCAUAGGCUUGAAUAGAUUCUUGGAUUGAUUAAUGGCUAAUUCAGCUGAACCCUCAUCGUCGUUGAGUUUUACAUCAUCUUCGCAUUUAUCGAAUGGAUCAAUUAGUCACAACUCGAAUGGGAAUGAUCACGCUCGGAACCUGGAGGUUAUCAGUUUGAGUAAGCUUAGUUCUAAUUUGGAACAGCUUUUGAUUGAUUCUGAUUAUGAUUACGGUGACGCGGAUAUCGUUGUUGAGGGAGUUUCAGUUAGAGUUCAUCGGUGUAUUUUAGGUUCUAGGAGUAAGUUUUUUCAUGAGCUAUUUAAGAGAGGUAAAGAAAAAGGAUUGGCAAAGAGUGAAGGGAAGUUGAAGUAUUGCUUGAGUGAUUUGUUGCCUUAUGGUAAAGUGGGGCAUGAAGCUUUUCUUAUAUUGCUUAGCUAUGUAUAUACCGGUAAACUUAAACAGUCUCCAGUGGAGGUUUCUACAUGUGUUGAUAAUGUGUGUGCUCAUGAUGCGUGUGGACCUGCUAUUAACUUUGCUGUGGAGUUGAUGUAUGCAUCUUCCAUUUUUCAAAUGCCGGAGUUGGUUUCACUUUUCCAGCGACGUCUUCUUAACUUUGUAGGGAAGGCUCUUGUCGAAGACGUCAUUUCCAUCCUUAUGGUUGCUUUCCAUUGUCAAUUGAAUCAACUCGUCGCUCAAUGUGUUGACAGGGUGGCACGAUCAGACCUUGACCAAAUCUCAAUCGAUAAAGCACUUCCUCAUGAGCUCUCCGAAAAAGUUAAAUUGUUCCGCCGUGAUCUUCAGAAAGACGGUGAAGAGGAUGCUCCCGUAAUGGACGCUUUGUCUCUAAAACGAAUCACUAGAAUACACAAGGCAUUGGACUCAGACGACGUCGAGCUUGUUAAACUUCUUUUGAACGAGUCAGACAUUUCUUUAGAUGAAGCCGGUGCUCUCCAUUAUGCAGCAGCCUACUGUGACCCUAAGGUUGUCUCUGAAGUACUUGGAUUAGGUCUAGCUAAUGUCAAUCUUCGGAAUUCUCGAGGGUACACAGUGCUUCACGUUGCCGCCAUGCGUAGGGAACCUUCCAUUAUAGUAUCACUUCUUACUAAAGGGGCUUGUGCAUCGGAUUUGACUUUCGAUGGUCAGAGUGCUGUUAGUAUUUGUAGGAGGUUGACGAGACCGAAGGAUUAUCACACAAAAACAGAACAAGGAAAAGAAACAAACAAAGACCGGAUAUGCAUCGACGUUCUUGAAAGAGAAAUGCGAAGGAAUCCUUUGGCUGGAGAUCCCUCUGUAUCAUCCCAAACAGUGGCUGAUGAUCUCCACAUGAAGCUUUUGUACCUUGAGAACCGAGUGGCAUUUGCGAGACUGUUGUUCCCUUUGGAAGCCAAACUAGCUAUGGACAUUGCUCGUGCGGAGACAACAUCCGAGUUUGCUGGUCUUUCGGCGGCGAAAGGUUCAAGUGGAAACUUAAGGGAGGUCGACCUCAAUGAGACUCCCAUAAUGCAAAACAAAAGACUUAUUUCUAGGAUGGAAGCCCUAAUGAAAACAGUGGAAAUGGGGCGGCGUUACUUUCCUCAUUGCUCGGAAGUGCUCGAUAAAUUCAUGGAGGAUGACCUACCUGACCUGUUUUACCUUGAGAAGGGAACUCAAGAAGAGCAGAGAAUCAAGAGGACGCGAUUCGUGGAGCUUAAAGACGAUGUGAACAAUGCUUUUAGCAAGGACAAGGCUGAGUUUAGUCGCUCUGGGAUUUCAUCUUCAUCAUCCUCGUCAUCUCUUAGAGAUUCUGUAUAUUACAAGGCUAGGAAAAUAUGAAAAAGAAAACAUAGUAAGUUUUUGUUGAAGGAAGUUUUUAAAGGUAUACCAACCAACCAACUCAUGCAAAAUUGUAAAAUCUUUUGCUUUCUUUUGUAACAAAUAUAUAUGCAAGUAUAUCUCAAAAUUAUGUCAUGUUCCUUCAUUUUGGUUGUCAAAUUUAUGGUAUAAACUUAUUAAAUUUUCUUUUUGAGAAAUAUAAAAUUAUGAAAACUUGAAAACAAAUAAGCUACAGAUAUUAAUCAUUUCAUGGUGUCAGGUAAUUUUAUUACAUUUGUUGUAUUAUAUCACCUCUAAAUUAGGGGUGGCAAAACGGGCCGGGGCACGCCGGGCCGCCCGCGCACCCGCCAAAAUUUGGCGGGUUGGGUUGAGAUUUUAGGCUCGCCGCUCGCCAAAGCCCGCCCCGCCAAAACCCGCCGUCUGCCAUACCCGCCCCGCCAAAACCCGCUCCUCCUCCAACCAAAACUCACUCUUUUCUUAGUUAAUUCUAGUAAUGGCAAUUCUUGAU